AUGGAUUGUGCAACAUUUGCCGUAUACCACGACGACGACCAUUUCGAUGCUGGUAACCUUGCCGAGCAGGCAAGCGAAACCAGUUCUCAGUCUAGUGGAAUUAUCAACCUUCAUGAUCCACUUCAUCCUUUAUUGGUGGGAUCUUCUAUUGCUGCUUGGGGUGGGCCCGAAGAACCGACUGCCCAAGUGGAUGAAGAUAAAGAUCUUCAUUUGCCAUGGGGUCAACACCCCCUGAGCUCAACCAGCCAGAGUCAACGCUCUGAGCUCCAGCGGACAGCUGAUACAGCUCGUGCACAAACCCCCAUCCACAACGUCGGAUACUCCGGCUUUAGAUAUACAUUUGGCGACGAAGUCGACUGUGGUCAAGACGGGCUCAGGCCAGAAACGCUCCACAGCAAAACUCCAGCCAACGAAUUUUGGGUAAACAAAACCGAAUCCGGAUAUGCCCCUCAGUGCGGUGAUCUUCACCCAGACCGUAUCCUAGAAAACCGCCAUAUAAGUCAUUGGGAGAUGCAGUGCGUUUUGAGCCGGCGAGGACCUGCUCCGCUGCAGAGGGAGGGUAUUGGUCACCCUUAAGGAUACAAAGCGAAGCGUCGGGAAAUAUUUGUAUCUCUUAUUACCUUUUAUUUUGCUUGUGCGUGA